CGUCGCGCACGGUCACCAUAUACAUUCCGUAUUUGUGCAUUUCAUGCGCCAGUAUAUAUAUGAAUAUACAGGCGUAUAUACCUAGUGGCAGCGCGUGCGCGCGCGCGCGCGUGCACACACGUUUUCUAUGAGAUCUGUAUAUAAGUGCGCAUUCUAAUACAAAAAAAAUAUUCGAAGCAUUCCUAUUUGCCCGUACGAUUGCUAAAAGACACCGUCGACAUUCUACUUGUGGGCUCUAAGUAAGGUGACGUAGGCGCGUACGCGUCAUAUGCAACCCAGUGUACAAGGUGUGGUGUUGGGAGAACAGGUGUUAGGUGGCUGGAGUCUGAAAUUAGGGGAGCGAGAGAUCCGAGUUAGAUAAGUCAGAGACGUGGUCGAUUGACGAUGAAGUGAGGGAAUAGCCUUUCGAAUAUGUCGUGGACAACUCCACCCAGGGGUAGUCCGACUCCUCCGAGGGUGGAUAGUCCCGGUGGUGGCGACACCGGAGACGGCGACACCGGCAGCCCGAGAACGCCACGCGGUGGCCGGCUGCGUGACCGAGUGAGCUUCUUCGAGCAGAUCUGGUCAGCUGGACGUAGUUCCAGCACCGAGGAUCUCUUGGAGAAUGCUGACGCACGCAGGGCACCCUUUCGAUCGCCCACGCACCGGCCUCGACCCUCCUCCAGAGCGAGCAACUCCUCGUUCGAGGAGAGCUUCGAGCGUCUGGUGGAGGAGGGCGAGUUAAACGGCGCCAAGGUUGUCAAAUUCGAGAAGAUUACCGUGAGAAAGAGCGUACGGGAAAUCAGUCUGGAUAACGCGGCCAACAAUGACGAUAUCAUGACCGUUCAGCGGUUAACGGAAUCCAACAGAACCCCUAGUGAGGAACAUCCUCUCGAGGAUUCGGCCUAUCAGAGCCAUGAUGUCCAUAGUCACGGCAGUAAAUCCAGUUCGGUCACCUCCUUCACGAGAUUUCCCUCGGAAGAGAGUCUAUCGCAGAGGAGAUGCAGUAGUUCACGUGUGGCCCAACAAUUGGGUCCUGAUGAUCGGCCACCAUCGGAGUGGUACGCCGAGUACCGGAAUCAAAGUUUCCAGAAUGUCGCGGCAAGGAUCGACUAUAUGCGCAGCAGAAGCGAAUACGACGCACACAUUGCCGAGAUCAAAGACGAACAAGAACGCGUACAGAAGAAAACUUUCAUAAACUGGAUUAACUCUCAUUUGUCGAAGAGAGCACCAACACUUCAUAUCAAUGAUUUAAUCGAGGACUUGAAAGACGGAACGCGCCUUCUUGCGUUACUUGAAGUUCUUUCAGGAGAGAAAUUGCCCGUGGAAAGGGGCCGUAAUUUAAAGAGACCGCAUUUUCUCAGUAAUGCCAACACCGCGCUGCAAUUUUGCAAAGCAAAAAAGAUCAAAUUAGUGAAUAUUAAUUCAUCCGAUUUGGUCGACGGACGACCGCCGGUCGUUUUGGGCUUAAUAUGGACCAUCAUUCUGUACUUCCAGAUCGAGGAAAACACGAGGGCUCUCGAAUAUCUUGGACAAACUUGGGGCAGCCAAAGUAGUCUGGAAAGCCUCGGCACUCAGAGUUCGGCGGCGAGCGAAAGAAAACGCAUCAGUAGUGAAAAGUGGAAACAAGGAGCACGGAAAACCUUGCUUCAGUGGGUCACCAAUGCCUUGCCUAAGAAUAUUGAUAUUCAAGUUCGAGAUUUCGGUGAAAGUUGGAGAGACGGAAAUGCCUUCUUAGCUAUCAUCGAUACCAUAAAAGCCAACUUAGUGAAUAUAGCAGCUAUGAGAGAAGUAUCGAACAAAACUCGGCUUGAAACAGCCUUCCAGAUCGCCGAAGACGAAUUAGGUAUUGCUCGAUUGUUGGAUCCCGAAGAUGUAGACGUUCCUCAACCUGAUGAAAAAUCGAUCAUGACAUACGUCGCCCAAUUUUUGCACAAAUAUCCGGAACCAGGAAACGUAGCUCCUGAUUCUUUCGCUGUCGUACAAGAAGAAUACGAUAGUCUUCUUAAUUGGCUAAACAAGAAAGUCAGGCAUCUCGAACAACUUGACAGAACCAAUUCUUUCCCACAAAGUUAUCCGGAAUAUAUGCUAUUCCAAACAGAGAUUGAUCGGAAAUUAAUUCUAUAUAAAAAAUUGCAAAGUUUAGUCAAUACACUCAGCAUGAUAAGCAUUACGCGGGAUUCUUGGAGAGAUAUACAAAUGUUGUGGCAGCAAAUGGAACUAUUUAUGCUACAUUGGUGUUGGUUGUUGGAUUCAACAUUACCAGGAGAAUUGGGUGAAAUUGGCAGCUGGUUGGCAAGAGCCGAGGCUCUCUUGCGAUCGGAUAAUGAUAUACCACAGGAAAUGACGGAGAGCACAGCGAACAUAAUUUCGAACAAACUGGAAGAUCACAAGAAGUUCUUCUUAGAUUUACCGACCAUGUCAGAGAAAUUCCAGCACGCCAAAAACUCGCCAUUAGCGCGACAAAUCCAGUCUGAACAAUUGGAGAACAUGUCUGCGCGAUUAGACAGUUUGCCGAAUCGCGCUGCCAAGAGAAGAUUAAGAUUAAAGUUCUUAGAACAUAAAUGCUGUCUGAUCGCCUUGUAUCUCGUCGAGACCAAGCUGAAAGGUUGGAACAUCAAAUACGGCACGGAAGAGAAGGUGCAUCAAAUGCUGGAACAAUAUCGUAACUUUGUUUCCCGAAACAGGAUAUUCCAAGAAUUUCAAAAGGCUUACUUGGAUAUGCAGCAGGUUGCCGAAGAAUACAAACGCGAUGGUGAUAUUGAUCAAGCAGAGAGCCUUAAUGUCGAUCGCUUCAUGCGUGAAACCGCUGAAAAGUGGAAGAACGUAUCAAUGGACUUGCGUUGUGUCCAAAGCAUGCUCGAGGAAGUUGUCGCUUAUUGGCGUCGCUGGACCACCGUUUCAGACGAAGUCGAGGCGUGGUUGCUUCAUGCCGAACCCGCUUUAAAUCUUCCAGAAGAAGAGAGAAUGGAGUUCUUCCAAGAUAUCAGUGUAUGGAAAGAUAAGCAUCAGCAACUGUCGGACACUGUGAGCUUCCUGAUCGCCACAUCUGAUGAAUCGGUCGCGUAUCGCCUGAAGGAACGUUACGCGAAUCUGACAGCAAGGUGGGAGCAGCUCUUCCAAGAGGCUAAACAGUACAUGCACACGGGUGAUCUGAUUCGAACGAGAAAGGAUUAUAAGGCAGGAGUGGAGACUCUGCAAAACUGGCUAAGAGACGCAGAAGCUGCCUUAGCAAUCACCGGAUUGAAUUCGACGGAGCGGAUAAAGGCUUACGGAGAGAAAUUGCAGACUCUUCAUAACGAGAUCGAGAACAUUGAAGAUCUCUUCAAGAAUAUUAGUAAGAAGUUUCAAGCUCUUAUUCAGGAUUUAUCCCGCGACGAAGUCGACAAAAUGAUGAACACUCUGAAAAAAGAGAAAGAGGUACUUGUUAAGGUACGUGCUUUGAUACCGAUGCAACUGCACUUAUAUCAUCAAUUGCUGGUGCAACAAGAGUCCUUAGAAGCGGGACAGAAAGAGAUAUCCGCAUGGCUGGAUAAAUUCGAGAACUUUAUGGCCAAUAUCAAUCUAGCAGGUGGCAGAGACGCUGCGCUGACUCAAUUAGAUCGUCAUAAAGCCUUCCUCUCCAGAAUGCUUUAUUACAAAUCCAUGUUAGAGUCUAAGAAUAAGGUAUUUGCUAGCAUUGCCAAGGCCGUGAGUAGUUAUGCCGAUGCGGAGGCAGCGGAAGGUAAAGUUACUCUGAAAGAACUCAAUGAUCGAUUUGUUGAAGUCUCUCAAGCAGCACAAGUCUGGGAACAGCGUUUGCAAGAAUCGAUACGACGCUGGACGAAGUUUAAGGAAUGCGAGCGACAGAUCACCGAGUGGCUUUCAGUCGCGAAAACAAUGAUCAAUGACAAACAUCUUGACAAUCGUCAAUCCGUCGAGAGUCACAAAAAUUUCUUUGGCAAAGUUAACGAAAAGUGGAUACAGGAUCUUGUGAAAGCUAGUCAGGAUCUCCAGAACACGUUGCCACCUGACCAGCAGCUGCCUAUCGCGAAUACAGUGGAAACUCUUCAGAAUCGCUGGAGAGAAGUUCUCACUUUUGCGCCGCUUCAUUUAAUGAGGCUUGAAUUUCGCUUAGAUGAAGCUAGUUUUCUUCAAUAUCUCAAAGAUAUUGAGCUGGAGAUUAGUUCCGAACAGCAAGCGCUCAUUAAUAACGAUGACGUGGACGGCAUUCAGCAACGCAAUAGAGAGUUCUUCGUGAAUCGUGGGACUAUCCUCGAAGUCGAGCGUUGUCUGCAAACUCUGAAGAAGAUUAGCGACGCCUACAACAAACUGAAUCCGAGAGACGCCAGCUUGACUAAUGCCGCGCAAAACGCCGAACAUUUGUGGGAAGAAACUGCCCAGAAAGUGGAAAACUUGAGAGGACAAUUGCGCGAAGUUCCGCAACAAUGGGCAGCUUAUAGACAGAAAUUCGAUGAGAUGGUACACUGGAUGGAUCAUGUUGAUAGUACUCUGAGAACCAUUUUACGCGAGGUCAACACUCUAGAAGAAUUCGAGAAGGAGAAAACUAUAUUCCAGAAAAUUUGCUGCGAAGCCGACAGCAAACGCGAGGAGAUGAAGUGGCUGGUUCAAACGCUCGACAAUCUAACGUUGAAUCGUUCGGAUCGCGAUGCACUCACGGCGCAGCAAAAUUUGGAACAGCUGAUAACGCGAUAUAAAAACCUUAUCCCGACGAUUGAAAUUACAAUGACAAAGACGGACAUCUAUUCGAAAAGUUACACCUACCGAAAGGAGGUACACGAGGUGUGCAUUUUGUUGCGCAAGGUUCGCGAACAAUCUGAAGCCGAUAUUACGUCCGAAAUUCCUGAGAAGCUAGAUAACGCGGUGACUCAACAGGAAUCACGUCUUAAUGAAUUGGAGCAACAGCGAGCGACUAUUGUCAGCAUGUUACAACGAGGCAAGGAUAUUCUGAAAGAUCAGCACGCGCCAGCCUUUGUUUCUUCCGAGAUUCAACAAUUGGAGACCAAUUGGAAUGACACGUAUGGUCAAAAUAUAGAAAGACUGAAGUCUCUAAAGGAAUCGCAGAAACUUUGGAACACCUAUCAGGAGCAAAAGAACGAAAUUUUCAAAUUAAUCGAACAGGCCGAGCAAGAGUUGCGACAAAUUGACUUGACAUCUUAUUAUGACGCCAAUCAAGUAGCCGCUGAUCUACAAAAAAAACAGGAAUUCAAUGCAAGUUUGAGGAAAUCAGCCGAAGAAAUCAUGAAGAAACUGCGUAAAACGUAUGCUAAUCUUUCUCAAACGCUCACGCCGUCAAGCAAAAAGGAGACAUUGGAAAAAGAAGUAACGGAAAUUGAGCAGAAGCUGGAACGCACACUGAAGAUUAUGGGUGAAAAAAUCGUUUAUCUUCAAGAACACAAUACUCGAUGGAACAAAUUUCAAUCAAAAUUGACAGAGCUUCGAACCUGGACUCAGCAAACCGCACCCCAAUCAAUUGCAGAUAUCGAAGAUUCCACAUCUUCGCCUGAAGAAAGAGUCCGUAAGACAGAUAAUCUGCAAAAAGAAAUAAAGGAGAAAGCAUUGAUUUUGAAUGUUCUUAAAGACGAAUCCCAGAAGCUUCUGAAAAACGACGAUGAUGUACUGGCAAGACAACUUCGCGGCGAUCUUGAAAAUAUUCACAAGGCGAUUGAAUCGUUGAACAAAAGCAUAGCAACCCAACGUGAAUUAGCUAUGCAAAAUCUUACAGUAUGGAAAGAGUAUAAGGAGGGUAUUCAAAAAAUAAAACCUUGGAUUGAAGAAGCAGAAUCUAAAGCAGCUACGAUGGGCAGCAAACCUACCACUUUAACCCAAGCUACGCAAAUGUUGGAAUCGGCUAAAAUUUUUGAAGUUGAAUGUCAGCAGCAUCUUCCAAAAGUUCAAAAUUUGUCAACGAUCAGUCAGCAAAUAACUGGAAGGGCAGUAGUAUCUGACGAAGUUGAUGCUGUGUCCACACGAUGGAACGCAGUUCAUGAUGUGGCCGUGCAAACAGUGAAUAAAUUGAAUAAAUUAGUUACGUCAUGGAACACCUUUGAAUUAGAAGCGAAAGAGUUCAACGAGUGGUUGGAGAAUAAGGAAAAAGAAGCUUCUAAAGAACCCAAUGUUCAAACACCCGAAGCCGCGAAAUUAGAGAAAGAAUUGGUGAAAUUGAAGGAAUUCAACAAAAGCAUAUCUGAUCAUCAAGCUCAAUUAAUAUCACUUACUCAAGUUUCCGAUCACAUCAGUCACGGUUUAGCCUUGGAUGCUGCCUCUGCGUUAAAGAGUCGCGUCGCCGAAAUAAAGACUAGAGUGAGCAAACUUGCAGAUACGGUUCGACAUCACAUUAAUCGUGUCUCCGAUUCGUUGCUGGCACGACAGGAGUUUCAGAUGAAAAUCACCGACUUCGAGAACUGGAUGACGAGGCUGAGAUCUAAUAUUAAUGAGAUUGAAGACGUGAACGUAGAUAAUGUCGAUACCAAUUUGCAAGCAGUACACGCUUAUCUUCAAGAACACUCGGAGAAACAUUCGACGUUUACGGAAAUAUAUAAAGAAGUGAAACAACUAUCAUCACAAGGUUCGGUGUUGGAAGCUGCUACAUUGGAUGAAACUUAUACGUCUUUGGCAAAGAAAUACAAAGCGUUAGAGGACGAUUUGAGAGAAAAGAAAAAGGGCUUGGAGAAGUGGAUUGAACUUUUAAGUUGGCAUAAUGACGCCAACGCACAACUGAAUCAUUGCAAAUACGAAGCUGAAGCGAGAAAACCAACUAUUGCUGAUCUUGAUAGACUUUCUUCGGAACUUCAAACUGUAUAUACAAAAAUCAACACUUGGAAAGAACUUGUUCCGCUAAUGGACAGUACUCUGGGAAUACAUAUUCGUGACAAGCAAGAAAAACCAAUUACUGCGACUAUUUUACUGAAUGAUCUUGAGUCCAAAGCCACAACGUUAAAGACGGAUUUAUCUGUUAAGCGCGACAAGUUGGAGAAUCUCGGUGCUAAAUGGGACAACUUUAGGAAAUUGCAACAAAAGAUUACGGAAGAAAUUGUCAACACUCAAAGCAGCUUACAGGAUAUUACGUAUAUUGUUGAUACUUGCAAAGAGCUCGCGCCGGCGAUUGAGAAAAUUGAUGAUUUGAUUAAAGAGCAUCAGAAACGAGAACCAGAAAAGGAGAUCCUUCAACGAGAAGGUGACAACUUAAUAAAGGAAGAUCAACGAGCGAUAACGAACAUUCAGGUAGUGAUCUCUUCGGUCGAAGGUAAUUGGGAAAAAGUUAACGAACUUUUACAUAAACAAAGAAGACAAUAUGCCGAAAUGAAUGCCGAUUGGAAACAAUAUCAAGAAGCUAAGGAGAAGUUAAACAAAUCUAUUGACGAGGCGAAAAACCUCUGCCAGUUGAUAAAACAUGUGUCAACUGACAUCACCCAGGCAAAUAUGGCUUUAGAGAAAUAUAAAAGAACUUUGGAAAGCUUAAAGAAGGGUAAACAGUUCUUGGAUAAGAUGGAUGAAAAAGCACAGCAGCUAGUAAAGGAGACGUCAUUAAUGUCGAAUUUUAAGACUAAUUUGAUCGAAUCGGAUUUGUCCGAUAUGCGGAAAAAAUAUCACGAGAUUUACGCCAAAUUAAUUGACCAGACUCAAAUGUACGAAACGCAGGUCAUUAUUUGGAAGCAAAUUGAAGAGACAAAAUACCAACUUACAAAAUGGCUCAGUGAUACAAAUGAAGCACUCACUGCGGCAUGCGAAUGUUUACUUGAUGCUGAGAGUGGACCAACGCGAUUGACUAGAUAUAAUGAAGAAUUGCCAACGUAUCAGCAACUCCGUCAAAGUAUCGCCACGAAGACCGAACAGCUCGUAAAAUUAAACGAUGAUACAGAGAUACCGACAUUAAGAUCUCUUAACACUUUAUUAGAUGAUCAAUUCAAACUUGUUGAAGAGUCUGCGGAGAAGCUAACAUCACUUACAUCAGUUUUCAACGAGGAGAAGAAAAGUGUCAAGGAGGAUUUGAAGAAAUGCAGUGACAUGAUAUCGAAAAUCCGCGAGGAGAUAAUCAAAUGCGACGAUUUGACUGGCGAGAACACCAAGAUUCUAAAUAGAAUCAAUAAGUGUCAAGAAUUGAAAGCUGAGGUACAGAAAUGCGAUUGCGCUAUUUCGAAAAUUGACGAAAGACUGACGAAAAUGGCAUCGGAGUAUCCGAUUAUCAAGUCUAAUCUGCCAAAAGAGUUACAAGCGUUACAACACCGCAGAGAUGGCGUAGCCAGUCACGCCGAUAAGGUCAACGCUACUUUGGUGGCCUUUCUAACAAAACUCUAUCACGAGAAAUUCGGUGUUUUACAGCGCAUAGUAGCAACUUAUAAGGAAAAAGUGGCCUGGUGCGAACCCGAACAGAGCAGCGAUCGUUACAAUCUCGAAGUAAAAAUGGCCUCGCUGAACGAUGUCGAAGCUGGCAUUGCUGAUUGCGAGGCAAGAAAAAUAGAUACGGACAAUUCGUUGCAGCUUCUAAGCACUGUCGAGAGUAACGAAAUUAUCUCCGCUCUAAGAAGUGCACACAGCAAAGUCGCUGCUGACUUAGAAUCUCUGAAAGUUAUAUGGAAGAUCAAAUCUGUGCUACAACAAAAUAUUGCUUUAUGGCAACGAUAUGAACUCGUGUCGGAAAAUAUUAUUUCUUGGCUUAAAGAAUACGAGAACAAAAUUAGAGUCGAGGCUACAACGCUCUUGAAUCCCGACGAAAUUGAUGCAAAGAUCUCCGAGAUAAUACAGCUCGAGAGGGAAGUCGAAAAUUAUAAGAAUCAGAUAGAGGAUCUGAUUACGCUCAGCGAAAAAAUCAUCAAAGUUAGCCCGGAUUCGCGCGUGGCUCAAUAUGUAGAACAUUUGAAUACGCGUUAUUAUUCAAUUCUCAAGUUUCUGGCUCAACAUUUAGACAGACUCAAAGAACUUAAACAGAUUAAGGAUCACUACGUCACGAACGUGAAAGAAUUGGAAUCGUGGCUACAAAAUGCGGAACAGAAAUUAAGAACGUUCGAUGAGAUCAGCGGACCGAAGCCGAUGACAUUUUAUCAGUCUAAAUUAAAAGAAUUGAAAGAAUUUGAAAAGGACCGCGAAACUGGACAAACCAUCUUGAACCGAACGACGGAAAUGGGUGAAAUGCUUUUUGCGAGAAUAACACCAGACUACAGGGAACUUAUCAGAAGUGAGUUGAGAAACUUACGCCAUCGUGUGGAAACCCUAACCGAUCGAACAAAUGUGAUCUACAAAAAGAUUGAAAGCGACAUGAUGCAUCGGUCUUCAUUUGAGGACAAGUAUUCCCAGCUAAAGCAAUGGAUAAUUGAGGCACAAAAGAAAUUGGGGAGCAAGCAGAAUCUACUACCAACGUAUCAGGACAAAAAACUCGCCUUAAAUUUAUAUAAAACUAUUGCGCAAGACGUUGGAGCUCAUCGAAAUAUCUUACAACAACUUCAGGACAAACUCGGAGCGACACCGGAUGACGAGGCCAGCGAAAUGCUUAACAGCGUGAUUGAAGCACAUGAAAAACUAUCCGAAGACGUGGCAGAUAGGAUUAAUGUGGCAGAGAAACACGUUGCCAAUCAUGAAGCUUAUUUGCAAACGUUUGAGAAAACACGAGAUUGGAUCAAUACAAUAGUAAAUGAAGUAGCAUCCACUGGCGAAGAUCUCUCGGUAGAUCGAGAUACAGCUAAGUCUAAGAUUUCUUUAAUUGAAAAUGUGUUGGAACAAAAGUCUAAAGGCGAUAGGAUUAUAGCCGACUGUAACCAACAAUUAAACAUCGUUUUGGAGCAAACAUCGAUAGCGGGUCAUCCCGCAUUGCUAAAAGAUUUCGAGCAACAGAAAAAAGUAUGGGAAGAUUUCCUUCAACGUUGCGUCACAUGCAAAAAUAGAUUAAAUAAUCUAUUUGAUCAGUGGUCUGAAUUUGAAAGAAUGGUCGAACAAUUAGAUUCUUGGCUUAAGCAGAUCGAGACGCAAGUAAAGGAUCAAAGCUUGAAAAGUUCUGAGGAAACGAAACGCGCGCAUUUGCAAAAGUUGAAAUCUUUAGAAGAGACUAUUGUAGAAAAGGGUGCGGAAAUCAAUACAAUGGUUGAGAAAAGUCAAAAUGUAGAAGCAGAUUUAGCUACCAAAGUGUCUCGUCAAGCUACUAGAUAUCAAGCGAUAAGGAAUCAAGUGAAAGAGGCUAUAACGAGAUACGAACAAUAUAUGAAAGAGCAUAGUCUAUUUAAUGAAAGAUACAAUCAAUUCCUGGAUUGGAUUGCCGAGGUUCAGGCUGAGUUAAAGAAAUAUAGCGAGAUUGUGGGUGAUUUAGCGAUAUUACAAAGCAGACAGAAACAGAUCAGAGAUCUCAGUGAUGUCAGGACUCGCGAGAAUGUUCGUUUCGAAUCCAUUAUUGAUCUUGGCGAGAAACUUUACGUGCACACUUCACCGGACGGUAGAGAGAUGAUUAGACAACAACUGAGAAAUCUGCGCAGUUUAUGGGACGGUUUCUCUGAAGAUCUCCAGAAUUCGAUGCAGAAGUUGGAUCAGUGUCUGAUGCAGUUUGCCGAGUUUUCCUUGUCUCAAGAGCAAUUAACGGCUUGGCUGCGAGACGUCGAACGAGCAAUGCAUCAGCACACCGAAUUGAAGUCUUCGCUGGAGGAAAAACGUGCGCAAUUGCAAAAUCACAAGAUCAUGCAUCAAGAAAUUAUGUCGCAUCAAACGUUAAUUGAAUCGGUUUGCGACAAAGCACAACAGUUGGUCGAUCAAACUAAAGAUACUUCGUUGAAUGUCUACUUGCAGUCCAUCAAGCAGCUAUUCCAGAAUAUUGUCAUUAAGUCGCAAGAUUUGCUAGAAAAUUUAGAAGACUGCUGCGAGAAACAUCAUCGUUUCAAUCUUCAAUGCACAUAUAUCUCCGAUUGGUUAAAUAAGGAGCGAGAAAAACUGAUCGAGUGCAAUGACGUAACAGGCGAACGAUCCGAAAUCUCUCGUAGGUUAACGAAUCUGACGAUGUUAAAAGGUAAUCAGGCACAGGGAAGAGAACAUCUUGCGAGAUUGAAGCAAAUCAGUGAGGCGGUGAUUAAUAGUACCGCAUCGAAAGGUCGAGAAGUUAUAAAUAAGGAAGUGACCACCUUGGAAAAUAAUCUGCAUCAGUUGUUGAGCGAAAUCGAAUCUGUAGAGGAACGACAGAAAACGGCUUUGGAGAGAUGGCAGAACUUCGAGGACCAGCUGGAAGCUCACACAAAAUGGUUCCGCUUUAUGGAAGCGAUAUUCCGCGACCAACAACUUCAACCUACAUUGAAAGAUAAGGAAGAGAGACUUCGCGCAUGUAAAGAGGAACGCGAGACCAUUCUACGACAAGAACGGGAAAUAGAUGAGUUUGUGGAUAAAUCACAUAGUUUGUUGCACUCAAGCGGCGUUGAACGCAUCAAACCACUGAUUUCUCAAGUCAGCAACAGAUAUCAGUUGCUGCUUGUGCUCAGUAAAGAAGUGAUAAAUCAUUGCCAAAGCAUCGUAGACGAUCAUCGUGCUUACGAAGAAAAACUAACAGCCAUUGACAUUUGGCUUACACCUCUUGAGAAAAAUCUAGCCAUCUUGAAGAAGGAUGAGGUCAGCGCAGAUUUCGAAGCGAGAAAUUCGCGCCUGCAAGUUUUAUUAGCCGAAAAAGAACAGGCCGAACGUCGUUUGGACAACCUAACAUCUCUCGGAGAGAGGAUCCUUCCGGACACCUCCGCUCAAGGACGUGAAACAAUCAGACAAGAAUUGCGACAUGCUCGUGAACGAUGGGAUCGCUUAGCCGAAGGCAUCACGGAGCAACAGAAGAAGCAGGAUGCUCAAUCCUUGCAAUUGUUCAGCUAUCAAGAGACUAUGCAACAGAUUCUGACUUGGUUGGACAUGAUGGAACGGGCCGUAAAGCAAGACUCUUCAAUUGCGUGGUCCUCUCUGCAGGAGAUAAAAUCGAAACUACUCAAACUGAAGACUUUGCAUCAAGAGAUUUUGGCUCACAAACGCAUCAUCGAAGGAGUUUCCGAGAAAGCCAACGCUCUGGUUCAAGUCACUCAAGUUCUAUCAGACGUUCAUGAAAAAGUCGGUUCGGUAUCAAAAAGAUACGAAAAACUGAUAGAUACAUCUCAAAAAGGAAUCUCCAGCUUAGAGGCAUUGCUGGAUAUUUUUCAACAGUUCCAUGAUCUUCAAAAAGCUUAUCAAGAUUAUCAAAAGCGUCAAUGGGAACGCUUGACGAUUUACAAUGAUUAUACUGGUAACAAAACUACUCUUCAAGCCAGAUUGACUAAAGUUCUAGAGAUACAAGACAGUCAAAGCGAAGGCGAGAUGAAGUUGAACGUUCUUGAAGAACACGUGGCACAAAGUGCACAUAUCUUACCAUCUCGAUCCCUGGAAUCUAUGGAAAGAGAUUUGGCCAAUCUUAGAUUCGAGAAUAAGAAAUUCGCUACAGCCGUAAGCGAUAUGCUGCAUUGUCUCGAAGAAAGAAUACAACAAUGGAGUGAAUACGAAAAUUUGUUAGAACGUCUACUUGCUUGGCUUACCGACGCCGAAACAUCGUUGAAGAAUUAUAGCCUGAAAAACACACUCGAGGAAAAGCAGGAGCAGCUUGAAAAAUACCAAGAACUACAAAAAGUUGCCGAUUCGCGGAACAUGGAUGUGGCAGAACUGGUUGCGCUUGGUGACCAUCUCGAACAAUCAUUGAUCGUGAGUCUUCGACAAAAUGAGGCUGAAUUCGAUAAAAUGAGCGACGAUUCAUCGGAUUUGAUGCAGAUUAGUGGCGAAACUAGAUUCUCUGUCAGCGUUCAACAAGUGACAUCACGUUUCCAAUCAAUUCAAGCAACUGCUAAGGAACUCAUAAAAAAAUGUGAACAAGCGGUCGUAGAUCACUCCAACUACUUGGAUCGUUACAAGCAAUGUUCUGAAUGGCUAGCUAGUGCAAGAGCGUGUUAUCACUCCACCAGGGAAAAUGCCAGUGGUACCCGGCAAGAACUGAUCUCGAACGCCGAUGCCUUGAAAGAACUCUUAUCACAUCAGCCUUCAUCUACACUUUUGAUAAACAGCACGGACGAAGCUGGAGAACGAUUGUACCCUACAACUGGCACGGAAGGCCGAGAUAUUAUUCGUCAACAGCUGCUGGAUCUUCAGCAAGCCUUCGAAGAACUCUACGACUCGGUUGCUUCCACCGAACGUGAAUUGCAAACGAAGAUCUCGCAAUGGUCAGGUUUCAACGAAAGUAGCGAGGCCUUCGAAGCCUGGCUGAAGAUCACGGAGGCUCAGUUAAAGCCGGAAAUUGAACUGAAAACCACCUUAGACGAGAAACGCGCCCAACUGCAAAUCUACCGCACUAUUUUACACGAUGCGCAAACGCAUCAACAGAAUCUGCUAGAUCUCCGCGACAAAGCGGAUAAUUUACCCGAUCGCAACGACAGGAUCGACCAAACACUGAACAGUUUAAUGAACAGGUACAAUGUGCUAUUAAAACGCGCGGCCAAAUUUGUGGAGAGAUACGAAGGUAUAGUGAGCGAUCAUCAGCAGUACAGCAAGGUUGUUUUGGACACGCACGAAUGGUUAGAUGCCACGCAUAACGCUAUAAAUCUCUGGGGUGAUGUGGAACUGGAGAGAGUGUCUUUGCACACAAACCUGGAUCGUCUGAAAAAUCUGUUACACAGCUUGCCGGAAGAUGAGCCGCAAAUUCAGCAAAUCAAGUCUCUGGGUGAGAAAGUCAUACCAGGUACUCUGGAAUCGGGACAGAUAAACAUCCGUUCGCAAAUCGAUUCCUCGCAGCAAGAGUGGCAGGGCCUGAUUUCCGCCAUUAAGUUCACCAUCGAGGCGUUGGAAAGCAAGCUUCAACAAUGGAACGAGUUCGAAACAUUGAAGGAACGAUGCCUGGUAUGGAUGAGAGAUACCGACACGAAGUUACACGCAGUCGAUCUCAAGUCUACUUUGGCAGAGAAGAAAACCGAACUCGAGAAACUGCGCGCUCUUCAAGGUGAGGUUCGCGCUAAAGAGCUGGAAAUCGACGCUGUUGCCGAACGGGCUCAGCAGCUUCAUAAGAACGUUACUUCCCGCACUUCUUAUAUGUCAGAACUGAGCAUUAAAUAUCAACAGAUAUCUAAUAAAAUAAAGGAACUGAAUAAUCGUUGGCAUCAGUAUGUCACUACGCAUCAAGAUUUUGAUACUCAAUUGGCAGAAUGCACUACAUGGCUGACAGAUAUCAAGAAUAAAUUAGCAUACUGCUCCGAUUUAAGUGCGUCCUCGCAAAAAGAUUUGGAACAAAAGAUGCACAUCGUGCAAGAUUUACUAUUGUACAAAGAAAACGGUUUCGCGAAAGUUCAGAGUAUCGUUGAAUUAGCCCAGGCUGUUCUAGCGAAUACAGCUCCGGCUGGUCAUCAACCAAUCAACGAUGCUUUAGCAAAACUUCAGGAACAGUGGAGUGCCUUAGCGUCAAAGAUGUUGGAGACAAAAGCGAACUUGGACGACUCCAUAAAUAAGUGGGCCGGUUUAUUGGAGCAAAUACAAUCUAUCAAUAACACAGUGGAAUAUAUGCAAUCAGCAAUUGACGAGAUUUCACAGUUUCAAACCACGAUGUCGGAGAAGAGAAGUCAAUUGGAGCGCAUCAAGUUACUCGAGGAAAAGAUUCGUUGCGAGAAUAUCGAGGUUGAUGGUCUCAAAUGCAAGGUCGCCGAAAUGAUUGCGAGUAGUCAGCAGAGUUUGGCCGCCUCGCAGGCCCAAGAUAUACUUAACAAAUUCGACGAACUUUUCGAGAAGAUCAAGUCCUUGUUGGCCGAACGGGAAGAACAGUAUAAAGAUCAUCGCCUUUACAAAGAAGCUCACGACGAUCUCAUCGGUUGGCUUAACCGGGCCCGCGAGAAAAUACCGUCUAUGAAGCAGAAAUCACUCAGUGAUAAAUUAGCGAUAGAGAACGCAGUAGCACCACUCGAGAGUUUGUUGAACAAAAAAGCUCAGGGCGAAUUGUUGGUGGAGCAUCUACAACAUACCGGAAAAGUUGCCUGCGCUAGCACUAAUUCCGCUGGACAAGAAAUCAUCAGGAACGAAAUACGAGCGCUUACGGAAAGCUUUGAAGGACUGUUUAAAGAAAUUCAACAACAAAAGAAUCAACUGGAAGCGACUAUAAGUCAAUGGCGCGACUAUAAGGACGAAUACGAGAGACUCAGCGAUUGGUUGCAACAAUUCGACAUUCUCAUCAAAGCUCAAAAAAAUGAUCUUCUGCCAAAUCUUGAAGAGAAAAGAAAGCAGGUGCAAGAGGUGAAAAAAUUGUGCAACGACCUGGCAAAAGGUCAAGAACAAAUCGAUAAAUUUAACAAAACGGCUGCUGAUUUACUCUCGUCCCAUUUAGACACUUAUGUUAACAAUCAGCUGCGGCAUUUAAAUUCACGUUAUCAGGUGCAAAUGAAUCUCGCCAAAGAUGUAUUGAAUAAGGUUGAAACCAAUCUGGCUCAGCAUCAAGAAUACGAGAGCAAUCUUGAGAAAGCUCGCGAUUGGAUCAAGAACGCCAAGCAAAUCGUACGUCAAGGAACAGAAGCGGCCUCAAGCAGCAGCCGUGAAGAAUUGCAAAGCAGACUUGACAAGAUUCAGGAACUGUUGAGAAAACGCGAGGAGGGUCAAAAUCUGGUACACCUGACCGUGAAUUGCGGCGAGAAGAUCAUGAGAAACACACGCUCGGACGGUCGCGAAGAGAUCAACGCUCAAUUGAAAGAGAUCCAAAACGAUUGGGAGCGAUUGGUGAAGAAGAUCUCAACCACAAAAGUACAUCUUGAGACGAGUCUAUUGCAAUGGGCGGAUUACAGUUCCUCAUAUUCACAACUGCAACAGUGGAUCAACGAUCGCGAAACUAAGCUGCAGCAGGUGUGCGAACAGAAAGUCUCCAAAGCUCGAAAGGGUUUGGUCGGAUUAAGUUCUUUGGCGAUCGGAGAGAGAAAAGCAAAUUUACGACAGACGAAUAGUAUCGUGCAAGAUAUCGUGGCGUUCGAGCCUAUAAUUCAAUCAGUCGCUACAAAGGCUGAAGAUUUGCAACAGGCGACGCCGGCUACGGAGAUCUCGAUUAAAUAUGAAACUCUGAGCAAGCAGGCUCAAGAGCUGUAUGCGAAGCAGAAGGAGACUGUCGAACAACACCAGGCCUUUAUCGACAGCGGCAAUGAAUUUAUUCAAUGGAUACGGGCAGCCAAAGAGAGACUCGGCAAGUGUUCAGAACCUACAGGAGACAAGGAAUCCUUGGCUAGUAAAAUUACACAGCUGAAAGUUUUACAAAGUGAAUGUUUCGAGGGUCAGAAGAAACUAGAGAAAGCUCUGGAACAAGGUAACGCCGCCUGUCACAUUGCCGAUGCCGAAGACAAGGAGAUAAUUGAGGAAGAAGUGGCACUAUUGCAAGAAGAAUACGAUAACUAUGUAGAUUCAUUGAAUAACACGAAGAGUUUACUCGAAGUCGGUAUAGUAAAGUGGACGGAAUACGAGGAUCAGUUCUCCGAAGCUACAGAAUGGCUUACGCAAACUGAACAAUUAGUUAAAACGUUUAAUAAGUUACAGGACAGUCUUGAAGAAAAGAAAAACGUUCUCGAACAGUUCCAAGUUCAUUUGCAGACAUUGUUCGAUUGGCAGAAGGAAUUAGACCGCUUAAAUAUGAAAGCUCAAGUUUUAUUAGAAACGUGCGCCGAUACGAGAAUUUCUAAUGCUAUAACGCAACUCACCACUAAAUAUAACGCACUGCUGUCUCUCGCUAAGGAAAUAAUGCGGCGAUUGGAAUUGCAUUACCAGGAGCAUCAACAGCACAAUACUUUGUAUCAAGAAUGCCAAGAUUGGAUUGAACGCACUCGAGAUAAGCUGAACGAAUGCAAAAGCAUUCCUAGCACAUUAACCGAGGUUAACAAUAAGUUACACACGUGUAAAGCUAUACGGCAGUCAUUGGAGCAGGGGCAGAACAAAUUGCGUUACGCUUUGGAGUUGAAGGAGAAAGUCAUCAUGAAUACAGAACAAAAUGGUGCGGCAAAAAUUCAAGAAGACACCGAAAACUUGAAGAGCGAAUUUGACAAGUUAUUGGCCGAUGUCGAGGAUGUUAGACAAAAAUUGUCAGCAAGAACGAGCAUGUUGGAGGAGCUUAACAAGACUCACCGACUCAUCUCGGAUUGGUUAGAAGAAAUCGAAGGCAAAAUUCAACCAGGAGAAGUAUGCAGAAACGAUCUUAGCGAGAAACGCGCUCUGUUGGAGAAAUAUAAGAUUUUGCAAAAAGACAUUCAUAGUUACGGUGAAACGAUAGAUCACUUGAAGAGUCACCUUAAUGAAAACCCCAGCAUAUCGAAAAGUCCUUACGAAUCAACUAUCAAUAAGUACGACAGUUUGAAGAAACUGAUUUCCGAAAAGAUUCGCAACCUGGAGAAUCAAGUCAAGGAUCAUGAAAAGUUCCAACAAGCCUUAAACGAAAUAAAUGAUUGGAUACGUCACACAAAGGUCGAGCUUCAACAAUAUAGCGAUACUCACGGCGAAAAAGAACAGAUUAUUGAACGAGAAAAUAAAGUCAAUCAGAUAAUCUCGUCUCUACCAAAAGGCGAUACUUUGAUCUCGAAGAUGUUGGAAUUAAGCGAUAUCGUGAUCUCUAAAACGGGCCCCGAAGGCCAAGAUUCCAUCAAGCAAGACAUGAAGCAGACACAAGCGGACUGGAAAUCUUUGCAAGCACAAUGUCACGAUUCGCAACGUACUCUUGCCAACUGCAUCUCAAGCUGGUCCCAGUUUACGAACGCGUUGGAUGGCAUGAAGCGAUGGAUAGAUCACUUUCAGAAGAAGAUAAUUGAAGAACAAGCCAAAGAUAACAAUACUCCGGACGAUUUAGAACGUUGCAAGCGUUUAAUGGAGGAAGCGAUUAAACAAAAACCAAUCUUGGAAGACUUGAAUGACAAAUGUGAAGCUUUGUUGGAGAUCAGUGCUUGCAGUUGGGCGCGAGAUAAGACGGUACAAUUGCAAUCGGCGUAUAUGUCCCUUCUAACUGAGGUACAAGGACUUGUCUCGAAGAUCGAGAAGAAUUUGGCGGAUCAUACCGAAUUCUUGAAAGCCAAAAAGGAGAUGGAAGAUUGGCUACGCACGGCUUACGGUUCAGUAGAAGAUUGCAUCGGUGUAGGAGACACGGCUUGGGUAAAGGAUAAAUUAGAAACCUUAAAGCUGGUUGCAACACGCGUAACGGAGGGUCAACACCUAUUGUCAACGUUGCAGAAUGCUUUUACAAAGGCAAUUAACAUAGCUCUUCCAGAGCAACAGGAUCAGUUACGAUCUGAUAUGGCUAAUCUACGUUCCAGUUGGGAACAACUGAGCAUAGACUUGAAUACGAUUCAAGCGAAGGUAAAAUCAGUUUUGAGUCGCUGGGAGGAUCACGCAGACGCUCAUAAUAGAUUUGCAAAAUGGUUAGAAGAGAACGAGAGUGUUGUUAAAGGGUUUUCGGACACAAAGGGUGAAUUCAGCGAGAUGAAAACAAUGCUCGAACGAUACAAGCACAUUCAGGAAGAGGUUGGCAAUAGAAAAUCCGACUUGGAUCACUUGAUGGCAAAAGCAACAGAAUUAUUAGAAUGGGCAAAGAACAGCAUGGUACUGAAUGAAACUAAACAGCUAUUAGAUCGAUGGAAGGCGUUGAGCGAUCUUGUCGAUGAAAGGAAAAAGCUAAUAGAAAAUGAAAUACAAGAGUAUAAUGCAUAUCACACGGCUCUGCAGGAAACGGAGAAAUGGCUGUUACAGAUCUCCUUCCAAUUAAUGGCACACAAUUCUCUCUAUAUCACCAACAAAGAACAAACAAUGGAACAAAUUAAGCAGCACGAAACAUUAUUAACUGAAAUCCAAAAAUAUCAAGAAGUGUUAGACGAACUCAAGCUAAAGGGACACGGUCAAAUAAAUCGAUACGUUGGUUCGAAUCCUUCUAUUAGAUCAACCAUAGAGACACAAUUGCAGAACGUGCAGGAUAGUUACAAUUCUUUGUUGAAUACCGCUCUGCAAAUUAAGAACAGAUUGGCGGAGUCUCUAGCCAAGUUUCAGGAAUACGAGAACAUUCUGGAAAGUAUCAUGAAAAACCUGGACACGCAUGAAGCGGAAAUGAAUCAGGAACUGGGAGCUCCGCUAGACAACUUGUCUUCUGCUAAACAAAGUCUCGAGAAUGCUCGGACUCUGCAUAAUAAGCUGCAAGCCGAGAAAACUCGAUUAGCCUUAGCAGUGGAAGCUUGCGAAGCUGCGGCAACAUGCGUUUCUAGACCUGGAAGUCCUCUCGAUGCACCACCUAUUCAAGUUCCUGCAAGAGAAGUUGAAGUUAGGACAAGACUCGACGAUCUCAUCGAUCAGAUGCAAACGCACUUAGCGAAUGUAAUGAAGACUGUAAACGAGCUAGAAGAACAAUCACAUCAGAAGAAGGCUCUUCGUGCCUGGAUCAAUCAGCAACGAGCUCUCUGCGCCGAAUGGAAAUCACGACCGGCAAAAUUGCGAGCGGAGGCUGCCCAAGCCGAAUUGCAAGCGAUGAACGAGUUACUCACCAAUGUGGGCGAACGUCGUACUCGUGCAUUAACGGAGUUAUCGCUUCAAGAUAAAGACCAGGAUAUUGAAGAAGGCUUGAAUAAACUAGAGGCCGAGUUAAUUGACGCCAUCGCAGGGAAGCAAGCGGCACAAGAUUUCAUUCAGAAAUACAGAUCGCAAGUGCAGGAUAUCCAAACGUGGUUGGACAAUCUAUCGAAAAAGGUCGAUGUAAUUGAGAAAGGUAGCGGACUGACUAUCAAUCAAAAAAUCUCGAAUCUCAAGGACAUCACAGCCGAGUUCGAGUCUCAGGGACCGGAAAAACUGGCAGAGAUCAAGAAGCUAGGCGACCAAGUAAUGGACUCGGUCAGCAAUUUGGACUCUCAGCAAAUCGAGGAGCAAAUCAAAUCAGUGGAGAGACGUUACGCGGAUAUCAGCAAGAAGCUGCAGAGAAAAGCCCAGAUCCUGGAUAUGACGGUGCAGGGUAUUGAAGCAACCAAGCGAGAGAUCGAGGAGAAUCGCGAAUGGAUCGAGCAAGAGAAGCAGCAGGUGAAGAUGCCUGAGCUGCUUGGCUUCGAGAGCAAGCAGGCAGAAGAAAGAAUCCUCGCUCUUAAAGCUAUGUUGAAAAAAGCGGACGGGAAGCAGUUGGUCAUAGAUACGCUGGAAAAGAGGGUCGGCAAUAUGCAAAACGAGUUGGAAACUAGCGAGCAACAACAAUUGGAAGCCGAUACAAGGACUUUGCGCGCCGAGCAAAUUGAGUUAUGCACUCUUUUAAGAGAAGAAAUAUCAGCUGUUAGCGUGGCAGCUGAUGCACGUCGUAAAUUAGAAGCUAACAUUGAACAAGCUCGAAAUUGGAUAAGGUCCAAAGGCAACGACCUGAAGAAACUUAGCGGAUAUUUGCCUCUAAGAGCUUCGAAGGUCGAGCAAGAUAUCAUACAACACAGAAGAUUAGAAGCGGACAUCGACUCUUUUAACGAAGACAAUCUUAAAGAAGGGCAUAACUUGCUGAAGGAUUGCAACGCAGAAAGUCGCGUUAAACUUCAGGCUCUCCUAGACGAUCUAAGUAAGGAUUACGAGGAAUUAAAGAAAGAGGCAAAGGAAAAGCAAGCCUCCUUAGCAGAUCUUCUUCAAGGUCGCAAAGCCUUCGAGAAUGAAUUUGACAAAUGUCAACGGUGGGUCAAGGAAGCUGAAGUGGCUACGUCUUCUGAGUUACGACCUUCUAGUCUGGAUAUUCUUCAAGAACAACUUGCUAAGUAUAAUCGAUUGAAGAAAGAGGCGCAAGAAUAUGGCGACGACAUAGAAAAGAUAAACCAACAAGGAAAAUCAAUCUUGCCAACCGUGAGUGACGCGGAUAAACAGGAACUGAGCGAGCAAUUGAAAAACAUGAAGGAGGCUCACGGACGAGUGGCAAAUGUAAUAAACGAUAGAGCGAUCGCGCUCCAAAAGAGUAUAAGUGAAGCUGAGGAAGCUGCCGCGCGAGUAGCUGAGGCAAUUCAGUUUAUGACGGAUAUUCAGAAAGAGCUGCACGAACUGAACAAGCCCAUAGGUGCUCGUAUAGAAGACGUGGAAGGAAUGUUAACUGCUUACGAAAAAAUUCUCGACGACCUCAAGGCAAACAAAGCCAAAUUGUUCGAUCUUCAAUCCACUAACGUUGGAGAUCUACAUGGCGUGUUGGCUCAACAGGAUGAUCUAAUAAGAGCUCUCGAAGCACAAAUAGCAAAACUUCGUCAAUUGUUACUACUGCGACAGCAAUUUAUUGCCUUAAUCGCAGAGAUUACUACCUUUAUUGCCAAAUAUACCGAAAUUAUUCGUGAUAUCGAGAAAUCCGGACAAACGACAGAGGAGAAGAUUAAAAGAUAUGACGACGCUAUACUAAAGAUUCAGGAAUGCGAAGCGACUCUUGCAAGCGCGACGGACAAAGGACAACAGAUAGCGGCGGAAGGUUCAGCUGUGGACAGAAACAACGUGACGGAACAGCUUCAGUCAUUGAAGCAACAAUUACAGGCCCUUCGAAGAGCAGUGGAGACGCAAAGAGAACAACACGAAUUGGCGGCAGCCGAACAUAGAAAACUCGCUGAUGAGUUGGCCGACAUUCUCGACUGGUUUGAGAGUAAGGAGAAGGAAGUCAAGUCCAGGCCGCUUCUGGCGAGGGAUUCAACCAGCGUCGAGGCCGAACUGAAGAAACACCACUCCCUUUGUGCCGACGUGAACGAGUAUCUCGAUAAGAUUAGAAAUUUGAAGCAAUCGGUUCGACAUGAGGAAGGAAUGCCUGGAUCCUUGAAGGAGAUGCUGAGCGAAGCGAUGUCCCUGUUGACGUCCUUACCGCGAGAAAUGGAAGAACGGGGACAUUAUCUCGAGAAUAAUCUGCAGAUGAGAUUGGAUUACGCCGUUCUUACCGAUAAGCUUCAUAAUUGGGCUCGCGAGGCUGAAAUUCGGCUAGAGAGUAACAAGGAGGGUCUCGACUUUGAAAACAUUCUUAACGAUCUGGAGGAGCAUAAGAUAUACUUCAGAACCGAAUCUUCGAUACGCGAGCUGGUUUCGCAGCAAAUUCAACAAGCGGCGGAUAAAAUCUGGCCUUCUUUGGACAGUUACGAGCAAGAGGAGCUGAGUGCUCAGCAACAACAGCACACUCAAUUGUUGAAGAACACUCUCAAUACGGCUAAAUCGCAACGUUCACAGUUGGAACAAGGCGCAGAGAUAUGGAGAGAUUAUACGCAGAGCCUGGAACGCGUUCGUUCUGUUAUUAGUAGAACCAGAUUCACGGAUGAACCCGUCACCACAUUAGCUGGAUUACAAUUCAAUAUUCAGAAAAUCACUCAUGUCCUCAAUGACAUUCAGAAUCAACAAUUUGAGUUGGAUCUUUUGAACGAACGUGGCCAAGAGGUUCUUCAACUCGCAGACACCAAUAAUAAAAAAACAAUAGAAACCCAGCUUUCGGAGAUCAAUACAGAAUGGCAGGAAUUAGUUUCAGGAUUUGAAGGACGUAGAAAUGCCCUCGAUGCUCUUUCACAGCAUUGGGAAAAUUUGGAAGCGCAAUGGACUCUUAUCGAAACGAAAUUAACCGCGAUCGAAGAAAAGAACAAACUUAUAGAUACAGUGAUACGAUCAAAGCAGCACCUGCAGGAUACCAUUAAAGCAUUGGAAGAACUCGUAAUGGAAACUGAAAAACUUAAACCGACAACGGAAGAAGUGAAAAGCUUAGCAGAAACUGUGCUCGCGUAUCUCACAGCGUUUUCAGAAGAAUCAGCACGAAAUCUCGAGGAACGCCUCGAGAAAUUGCAGAAAUUCACCGCAUCACUCGUUGACUCGCUUCGUGACAAGUCCGAAAAGGCGAGCAAAGAUUUGGAAUCGUUCACCAACAUCGAGCGUGAGAUCGAGCGUUUGCGAAAACGUUUGAACGAGGCGCGCGAAAGCGCCUCGAAUUUUUACGUUUACGGCACCGAUCAAGACGCGAUUGAGGCUGAACUAGGCGAGUUGCAUUCGCAAGUCGAGGACUUCGUCGACACCGCGAAGAAGUUCUCGGGAAGCAUUAAGGCGCGGUACCAAGCUAGCCAGCAGCUGGUACCGAGCGACAUAACCCAGCAUCUGACUGCACUCGAGCUUUGCGCCGAGGCGACAGCGCAGACGAUGGAGGAGAAGCAGAGAGAGCAGAAACGCGCCAGGACCACCAGGUCGGACUAUCUCGCCGACGUGGACGAGGUGCAGGCGUGGAUCCAGCAGGCUGAACUCAAAGUGCAAAAUAGAUCGAUCGAGCCGGCCGUCCUCAGGGAGCAUCUGAGACAGAUACAGAAUGAGCUGGGUACGAUUAGCGACAAGCUCGAACGACUGACGAGAAACGGGCAGACCAUCGUCAAGAACACGAGGGACGACGCGGAGAAGGAGCUGAUCAACAACACAAUCGGCAAUCUCACCGAACAGUUGGCACAGAUCAGAAGCUGGCUGGAGGAGAAGAAACAAAUGGUGGGCGACACCCUGGACGCCUGGCAGAGGUUCUUGACUCUUUACGAGGAGGUGAAGGCGUGGACGGAGGAGAAGAAACAGUUUCUAGUCGAGCCGCUCAAGCUCAGCACUCUUGUGCAAUCCAGGCAAAGACUGCACGAAUACUCGACGGCGGUCAAGAGCUGCAAGCAGGUGAAUAAGAAUCUUAGCGAUAUGGGCAGAGAAUUAGAAAAUAUCGGUCAGGUAACCAGCGUAGGCGAUUUGCCCGAAAAGCUGACUGAGGCGGAAGAGGGCAAAGUACAGGUUGAGGGUCAGCUAUUGGAAAGGAAUGCAUUGCUGCAAGAGGCCAGUGAGGAAUGGGAGCAAUGUGAGCGGAAGAUGAAGGAUGCGCGAAAUUGGAUGGAGAAGACCAGGCAGACAUUGGAGUCGCCCCAGAACAAGAAGAAAUCGUUACGCGAUCAACACGCGAUCCGCGAGAAAAUGCUUAGCGACAUCGCGAUCCAAAAGACAAAGAUCACAAUCUCGGUAGAAAAACUCGAGGUGCACUUUAGGUCUGGGAUCGGAGGCGAUAAUCGAGUAAGAAAUUCCGCCGACGAUUUGAUCGCCGAACUCAACGCUCUUCACAACACCGUCAAAGAACAAACGAGUGCCCUGGAAGUCUGUUUAGCCCAGAUAGAUCAAUAUCAACAGGAAAUCCAGCAAUUGAGACAAUGUAUCGUGCAAACGGAGCAACAGCUGAGAACAGUGCUCAGCCCAACAUAUAUGACGAGCGAUCGAGAAAAGGCUUUCCAAGAGCAACAGAGUUACCGCGAGAAAAUCAAAUCCUUACAAAGUAAAAUUCAGGCGCGCACUGAGAGAUCUAAACUAAUCGUACAACGAGGGACACCAAACUUAGAACCCUUGGAUCCAUGAUAAUAAAGAUCUACUGCCGUUGGACAAGUCUGAUUGUUGUUAACUUCGCUAAUUAACUAUACGAAUCAAAUCGCUUGUCUAGUCUUAAGUUUUGUAAGAACUUUAUUUACUAUCGCGUGACAAUCGAAGAAUAACGAUGACGAUAGCGGCCGCAUGUCAAGUUCCAUGUCUAAAACUUGAUCGGAGGCAAAGACAACUAGUAGAAAUAUAAUUUGAAACUCACGUCUCUUCGUCGUCGACGUUCCUCGAUAAGAAUCAAGCGAUUACGUUUUUAAUAUCACACAACUUUUCUAAGUAAGAGUUUUUAUCGAUCACUGAUUUUCUAUAAUAAUAAAUAUCGCUCCACGAGAUUUUGAACGGGAUUAUACCUUUGAUAAGAAAAGAAAAAAAGAAUUGUGUUAUCAUGUGUAUAUGAGCACGUGUCUUUCGUCCUAAAUAGCCACACGCUAUAUAAGUAAGGAAAAUAAAAGAUCUAUUUAUUGCCAAUCGGUU